CGGCGAAGGAGCUCGGGCAAUCGAAGAAGAGGAAGCGCGAUUCCCUACCAGCCGGAGGGGGGGAAGAAGCCAACCCGUAAGCUCCCGGACAAGGGUUCCGGGAAGCCGCUGAAGGCCGCUGAAUCGAAGCGUUUGAAGUCCAAUAAGCCCGAUGAUGGUGCGAAGAAGAAGACAACCCCUGAAACUCCAAGAGAGCGCCGUUUGGCGGCCAAGGAGAUGUCUGAAGCUAGGAAGAAGAAGAGGAAGCCGCAUUAUAGCCUAGAGAAAGAACUUUCAUUACUAUGGGAGAAAAUGAGGCGAGCUAACACCGGGAAAGAGGAGAAAUCCAAGUUAAUAAGUGAAGCCUUGCAGAAAAUGAAGGGAAAAACCCUCGAAAUAGCAAGUUCUCAUGUUUCUGCCCGUGUUCUUCAAACAUGUAUAAAAUACUGUUCACUAGCAGAAAGAGAUGCUGUGUUUGAGGAACUCAAGCCACAUCUCCUAAACCUCUCUCGGAAGAAGUAUGCAGUACAUCUUGUCAAGAAAUUGCUAGAUAAUGCCACGAAAAAGCAGCUUGAGGGUUUCAUUUCAUCUCUCCAUGGCCAUGUUGCUUCUCUUCUCCGACAUACUGUAGGAUCUGCAGUUGUUGAGCAUGCAUUCCAAUUGGGAAAUGCAUCUCAAAAACAACGCCUUCUGAUGGAAAUGUACUCCACUGAGCUUCAACUAUUUAAAGAUCUGACCAGAACAAAUGCAAGCAGGUUGGUGGAUAUAAUUUCCAAGCUUGGAUUACAGAAAACUUCGGUUUUGCAGCACAUGAUUUCUGUAAUUGAGCCACUUCUGGAUAAAGGGAAUAUAGAUUAUUCAAUUGUGCACGCUGCACUGGUUGAGUACUUCACAAUUGCUGACAAGACAUCUGCCACAGAUGUGAUCCAACAGUUAUCACCACUUCUUGUUCAAGAGUCCUCUGUCAUUGACGAGGAUCAGCCAGCUUCUCAGUUACUAAAGAAUAAGAAAAGAAAGAGGACUAAAACAUUAAUCCCACUUCUAGUCAGAAUGAUGUGCACAAGAGAUGGACUGAAGAUUGGUGUCCUCUGUAUCAAGCAUGGAAGUGCAAAGGAAAGAAAAAAGAUUGUAAAAGGCAUGAAGGAUCAUGUAAGAAAGCUGGCUCUAGAUCAAUUUGGGAGUCUUCUGCUCAUCUGCGUUUUGUCUGUUGUUGAUGAUACAAAACUUGUGACAAAGAUUGUCAUUCGAGACCUGCAAACAACUAUAAAGGAACUCAUUCUGGAUAGGAAUGGCAGAAGACCAAUUUUGGAACUACUUCACCCGCGAUGCUCACGAUAUCUUAGCCCAGAUGACUUGGCUUGUCUCAAUCUAACUGUGCCAUCACUCUGUUCACAGAGUGACGAUAGAGAUGGCACUGUUAACCUAGACUCAAACGAAGAAAUGAAAUCUUCCGAGACCAUGGUGACAGAUAACAAUGCAAGUGAAACCCUCAGCAAGGACCUGCAUUCAACACCUGGAAGCAAGAAGGAUCCUCUAGUACGGAGACAGGAAUUACUGGUGGAUAGUGGAUUUGCUGAGGCAAUCAUUGAAAGUUGCAUCGAGAAUGUUGCUGAGCUGCUCCGGUCAAACUUUGGCAGAGAAGUGCUGUAUGAGGUAGCUGUGGGAGGAGCUGAUGGCAUUCUGAAUUCAUUAACCGACAGAAUCGGUGCCUUGCAUGAAGCUAUAGCCUCCGUGGCCUCACUUCCUAAAAAAGAAGAAUCCGAAGUAGAGCAUGUUUUCGAGAAUUUCCAUUCCAGCAGGACAAUUAGAAAACUAAUCCUUAGUUCCCCCACGUUCGCGACCACUCUGUGGAUGAAAGCCAUGAAAAGUAAAUGUGAAAUGUGGGCGCAAGGACACAGUUGUAAGGUAGUUUCUGCAUAUCUAGAAUUGUCCGAUCCGAAUGUUAAAGAAAUGGUGAAGUCCGAGUUGCAGCCUUUGAUAGACCGAGGUGUUCUUAAAUGUCCCGGCCCCAAUCCCGAUCAUAAGCAAGCAAAAAAAGAAAGUUGAUCGAUCAUUGCAUAAAUUAUGUAAUCUGGAUUUGAACAAAGUCUCAAUGUAAUGAGCAAAAAUUUUGUAGAAUGUUAUUGAUCAACUUAAUUCUUCAAAUUAUAUCAAUCAAAUUA